GCCAAACAAACAGUUUCGCAAAUUAAUGGAAUAGAUUAAAAUGGACGAGGAAGAGCAUCUUCAUCGGUUUGGAACGCCACUGCCGAAACUAGAAAAGGAUGUAGUGCCGGCAAAAAAGCCUGUGGCCAUCGAGGAUCAAAUUGUGAAGGAUGAAAAUGGAAAGCGGAGGUUCCAUGGCGCCUUCACCGGUGGCUUCAGUGCUGGAUUCUGGAACACCGUUGGUUCUCUGGAGGGCUGGACGCCGCAGACGUUCAAGAGCUCGCGGGCCGAGAAGGCUACGCCGAGGGUGCAGGCAAGACCAGAGGACUUUAUGGACAAUGAGGAUCUGGGCGAGUUUGGCAUCGCUCCGCAAGGAAUUCGCACACGAGAUGAGUUCGCCAAGGAGGACGAGCAGGAGCAACGUUCCGGACAGCGUCGACGCAAGUUGAUGCAGCCAGACGUGGCAGUAGGACCCAUACCAGGAGUUCCUGUACUGGAGCAACUUUUACGUCCAGUUCGUGAUAAAGUAGCCGUACGGAUCCUCAAGAGCAUGGGUUGGAAACCCGGUCAAGGAGUGGGUCCGCGGCAAACAAAAAAGGAAAAGCGCCAGGCCACCGCAAGAAACACUAGAGAGCAGUAUCUUCUGGAGCAUUACGGCGCAGAGGGAUUACCUUCCCAAUCAGAGUCAAAAGGAGAGUCUAGCAAUGAUGAGGAUGAGGAUGACGAAGAUAUCACUUUUGCUCCGGACGACUAUGAGCCCAUGUUCUUUACGCCCAAGGAGAAUCGCUUUGGCAUGAGUUAUUCGGGCCUAAGUCGCGAUCCCAUCCUGUCCAAAUCCUCCUCUAGUUCUGCCAAGCCCAUGCAGCACAUCAAUCUCUUUGGUCAGUUGGAAGCGCAGGCUAACAAAAAAACGCUUUCCAUACGGGGUCAAGCUUUUGGAGUGGGAGCAUUUGAAGAAGAGGAUGAGGACAUUUACGCCCGCGAUGAUAUGACCCGCUACGAUUUCUCCUUGGCGGACAAGAAACCCAAGCAAAAGAAGCAGCAGCAUGUCCAGCAGCGCCACGUCAUCGAUGGUUUCAGCGAGGACAAAACGGGAGCGGCUCUACAGAAACCGUAUGCUAUUGAUUUGCCCAGGGAUUUUGAGCCGAGGAACUGGUUGCAGCGAAAAAGCCGUUUUGCUCCCAUAGAUAAAGAGCGAGCCAAAAAACUGGAGACAGUCACGGAGUACAAACGCUCUGGUCUUGGCAGGCACGAUCUUAAUCCUGACCAGCGAGCGCAGCUCUUGGGAGAGCAGAAAAAGGAAGAACCCCCAAAGGAAGAGCCGCCCAAGCGAAAUCCCUUUAAGGAUAGUGGCAAAUCUCUGCUGGAACGGAUCAAUGCCAGGACUGAAGGAUUCACCAAGGGUGGAAUAAUCACCGAAAAAGGCGAAGAGCAGCAAACAGAACUGACUAAGGAGGUUAAGGAAACUAAUGCCGCCAUACAAGAGAAAGCGGCACUCAAGACAAAAGAUUUGGUUCCCGCAACUUCAUCUUCAGGCGCUUUUAAGCCUUUUUUGGCUGAUGAAGCUAAGCAGCUGCGCUAUGAAAAAUUCGUGGCCUCUAAACUUACAGAUGACACGGAGAUAACCGAAUUUUUGGCCAAUAUGCAACCAGUCUCACUUUCGCUUUGGGAUCGCGAGAUGGAGAAGAAGGAGUUCAUCCAAGCGGCAAAGAUAUAUCGUCCAUUGGAUGGUCUUAUGAACGACAGAUUCGUUUCGGAAGCCAAUGUACAGGCGGAGAAAGUCAAGGAGCAAGAAAAGUCGGCGGAGGAGCGAAAGAUCGUAAUGGAACGAACCAAGACCAUGUGGAAACCUGCCUCACUGCUGUGCAAGCGAUACAAUAUUGCAGAACCCUUUGGUGGUGCCAUGCUAGAACCAGAAAAGGAGCUCAAGACCAAGCCGAAGAUUUCGGUAUUCGAUUACUUGGAGACUUCUAUAAACACGAAAGCAAACUUUCAGACUCCCACGAUUAUUCCCAAGCACAUAGAAAAGCCAAAACCAAAGGAAGUAGAACCACCGUCUCUUUUUUCAAAGAUUGCCUUGGCAGCUGUUGAGCCGGAGAAACCGCCUUCAAAAGAAGAGCCAGCCAAGUUUACUUUCGUGCCGAAAACUUCUUUGGAACAGGCUGUGGAUGAAUCCCGCGACAAACCCAUUGCAGAAAAAAUUGACCUUUUUAAGAGCAUCUUCGAGGAUAGCGACGAAGAGGAGGCAAUCGAGGAACCGCCAGAAGUUUCAGCUGAGGAUAAGUUAGCUGCUGUGCAUGAGGCCUUAGGUUUGCCCUCAAAGUCAACUACUUCAGCCGCCACACAAAAUGUGUUGAGAAACACUUCGCCUCCCAGAGGAAUCUUUGCUGCCUUAUUCAAACCCAAGGAAGGUGAGGCACCCAAGGAGCCAAAUCCACCCAAGUUUGCUCCCAUCGAGGGAAAUAAGUUAAAAAUUGCAUACAAAUCUCGGGAGGAGCGUCUCAAAAACGAUAAGGAGCUGGCCAUGGCUGAGGUGCCGCCCGAGGAUAUCUACGGACCAAAGCUGCCAAGUGCUGUUCCUCAAAAACCUGCAGCCACAGAAGAUCACGCGGAUGCCAAUAUCGAUGCCAAGUUGCAACAGCUGUGGCAGAAGCAUGCUCCUAAAAAGCGGAAAGCUGAAGUGUGGGUGGAAAAGAAGAUCAACUCCGACAGUGAAGAUAGCGAUGAUAGUUCCAGUGACGACUCCACAUCCUCCGAUUCUUCAGCGGGCAAGGUCAAGAAAUCGAAACUCAGCAAACCCAAAAAGUCGCACAAGAGCUCCAGUUCAAAAAAGUCCAAGAAAUCAAAACUUAAGUCAAAGAAAAAGUCUAAAAAGAGUGACAAAUCUAAACACAAAACAAAGAAGAAGAAGAGCAAACACUGACUGUAAAUACCAAUUAAUAAAUAUGGCUUUCUCUUUUUU